AUGAAAGUCACCGUCUUCAGUUCGAAGCGCUACGAGCGCGACUUCCUGCGUCAGCACCCCACUCUGACCCGCGUCACGCCGCACAUCGACUUCGAAUUUCUGGCCAUGCCUCUCUCGGAGGGCACGGCCCCGCUCGCCGCGGGCUCGGACGCCGUGUGCGCCUUCGUCAACGACGCGCUAGACGCCCCCGUCAUCGCCCGCCUCGCGGAGGGCGCCGUGCGCUGCAUCCUGCUCCGCUGCGCAGGCUUCAACCACGUCGACCUCGCCGCCGCCAGCAAGCACCGCAUCAAGGUCCUCCGCGUCCCGGCCUACUCCCCGUUCGCCGUCGCCGAGUUCGCCGUCGCCCUCCUGCUCACAGUCGGACGCAAGACCCACAAGGCCUACAACAGGACCCGCGAGAGCAACUUCUCGCUCGCGGGCCUCAUGGGCUUCGAUGUCAACGGCAAGACCAUUGGCGUUUGCGGCACCGGCAAGAUUGGAAGGUUGUUCGCGAAGAUCAUGUUGGCCUUCGGCACAACCGUCCUCGCCUAUGACGUCUAUCGUAACCCCGAGGCGGAGGCUAUGGGCGUCGAGUAUGUCUCCAAGGACGACCUCUUCGCCCGCUCGGAUAUUAUUAGUCUGCAUUGCCCGUUGCUACCGUCCACGCGCCAUAUGAUCGAUGCCGAGGCCAUUAGGAAGAUGAAGACGGGCGUUAUCCUCAUCAACACGUCGAGGGGCGAGCUCAUGGAUAUGGACGCGCUUAUCAAGGGGCUCAAGGGAAAGAAGAUUGGUGCGUGCGCGAUGGACGUUGUCGAGGGAGAGGCAGAGCUCUUCUUUGACGACCAUUCCGGCGAGAUUCUCGAGGAUGAUAGGAUUUCCAUGCUCAUGUCCUUUCCCAACGUCCUCCUCACCCCCCAUAUCGCCUUUUGUACCGACACUGCCAUGCUCAAUAUUUGGGGGACUACCGUCUCUAAUAUGCUCGAAUUUAAGGAGGCCGGCCCGGACGCUACGCUCACUAAUGAGGUCAUAAUUCAGUAGCUCCGUAGAGUCGCGUUUGGCCCGCACCAGAAUCUGGUCUUGUAUGUACGUCGCAACUGUAGUACGGGGUAGAUUCGAUACCAUAUACCAUUCGGGUUUUUGUCACUGCCUCUUCUGUAUAACACAUAAACUCUUAAUCCUACACAAUUUGACUACU